CCCGGUUUUCAUCCUUUCAUUAAGCUGAUUGUCUUUACGACAUAUAGAAAAGAGCCUUAUGCUGUCACAAAAUGAAUACAAAGUGAACGUUGACAAAAGGCCGGUACCACAAACUGAGGAAAUUCUGGUCAUGUUUCGACCAGAGCCUUGCCGAUACCGGUUAAUCCCCGCUUUAGAUACACCAUGGAGAAACCACAAUCCUUCUCUGCUGCGGAAACAACUACAAAUCCUCACACUACGAUUCAGCCAUCAACUCGCAAAAGGAAUCGACGAUGGCUUGACAGAAGCGUGACAAACACUGAGAACCGCGGGCGCACGGUCUGCACCGGACAGAAUUGGAACCUGCAAGACGACCAAUCCUUUUGUCUCGGACCAACAUCAUUUCCUCAGAAAGGGAAGACCCGCUCAUCCAUUCCGCGUCUUUUGGCUCAGCGGCAGCAGGGUCUCAGAAGAAAUCAGCCAACGAUCCACCGUUGGCAGCAAAACAUGCUAAGAGAACAACCCAAACCGCUACCAGAACGCGACUACUCAAACCAAGUGAUUGUUUGGAAAGUUUCGAUGGAUCGUUCGCUUCCAUUUACGGCAUUGGAAACGCCAAUUUCGGACGCCGUUUUAUCCUUGGAUCGCCAGGGAUCAUACGCGAUUGCUUUGGGAAAAGGCGGGGGCCAGCGUUGCUCCGAUUCGGAUGCACCGCUUCUAGCGUUGCGCUGUUACGGGAUCCCGAGUCGAUCCAUUCCACACAAACGUGCUGUCGGAAUGAGACGCUCUAAUCGACACUGUACUGUCUCUCCUAAUUUGUGUACCAUUCCUUUAGUCUAUCGAACCAGCAUGCUCGGAGAAGGAUACUGUGUUGAAGACUUGCCGGAUCUCGUCGGCACAAUGCCAACCUUGGUGCUCCUUUCAAGCGAUGGCAAUGUCGGGACGACUUUUGCAGGUCCAUGGCUUAACAUAUUCGCAAAUGAAACUGUAUCGUACACGUCCAUCGUAGUGCAUUCUAUGCCUGUAAGCACCAUGAGCUCCACCUUUAUUCAAACUUUCCGCUUGGAAAAGAUGAUUGUCAAGCCACCCCAUAGUUUGAUGGGAACAUCACGGCGCAAGUUCUUAUGGAACGUUCACAAAAUCCCUUGCAAUCGAGGAAAAAUGACAUCUCCACUGACAAAGGAAUACUUCGCAACUGCGGAUGGUAUGCUGAAUUUGCCGGGAUAUCUUCAUGUUGUUGACGAUGACGAAGGUCUUUUACUCACCUGGUUCACCAUGGCGGGAUGGCAUAACGCGAAUUUUUCGCCCUGUCAACGUUAUCAAGGACCCCACCCCCCGCAACGUCGGAUAGUAACCGCAGCUUCGCACGGAUGGGAGCAGUGUUGGAGCGACCGACACUCGGGUAUCGAAGUCAAAGAUUCUAGUACGGAAUGUCUCUUUCUCGAACCAUCAAUCAUGAUUGCUUUUGAAGCACGGCUGGAUAUUUACCAGGUCCACGCAGCUUUGGAGGAUCGGCGCCUUCCGAUUGGCACUAUAGACACCAGCUCGCAAAUCUUGUACGAUUUGAUUUCCCUCCAAAACGGUGGACGCAUUAUGGAACUCGCCGUUGCUCUCAAGACAGAGGGGAAGGCAUCGGUAGGUCUUAUUCUGUCGUUGGAUAUAUUGACUCAACAUUUUGUAGCACUCCAGUGGGUAAAAUGGAAGCCGGGGUCAGCGACGCAACAGAACUUGAACCUUUUUGGCUGUUCUUGGCGGAUGAGGCAGUUGCAGACCGGUCCGUAUAGUGUAUGGGGCCAUCAGAAGAAGCAUCCUGAUGAUGAAGAGCCUGUAUGGUACAAGGCGAGCACUUGGACUCAUCUAUGCAGGGAAACCAGCCUGGCAGUGGAUACUUCCCUAGACCAAGAUGCGGAAGUGUGGUCCAGGUUUACUGUAGCAAACGCUCCGAAGGCAAAUGCCUUCCAACGGAAGCUACGUUCACAAUGCCCGAAGCUCGUUUCGUACUCAACCUUGUAUCCGGAUACUUUUCCGGUUGACAAUCAUGCCGUGAUCAUGCAACUGCCAAUUCACAGUAUGAGGUGUCAAGCACCGAUCGAACUAGUGUACGGUUGA